UUGAAAUUCACCAACGCGGCUCUUAUUCGAGACAUGGGGCGUCCAACAGAGACGCUUAUUCGACUCACAGCGGUUAAAAUACUAGCCAUCUUAUUAUCGGCUUUUGUCGUCGUAACGGCCACAACGAACACAACAGCAACGGUAGCUUCUCAAGCCUUACCCGGGUGCGACGAAUGGUGUGGCGACUUGCAGAUUCCAUAUCCAUUUGGGACGAGGGAAGGGUGUUAUCUAAAUGAAAGGUUCUUCAUUAACUGUAGCACAACUCGUCAAGAUUCUCCAAAGGCAUUUCUACGGGGCGGCAGCGUUCCUGUUACAAAUAUAUCCAUCUCGGGGGAGCUCCAAAUCUUGAACUUGGUGGCCCAAGAAUGCCAUCCUCCAAAGAUUGGUCCCGAUGUUUUUUCCAACGUCUUUCUCGAUCUUUCCUACAUUAUUUCCAGAACCAAAAACAAGUUCAUCGCAAUGGGCUGCAAUACGUUCGCUCAUAUUUUCGGCCGCGACAUAAAAGGGCAAUCCUUUAGAACUGCAUGUGUGGCGUUGUGUGAUGACAUUGGGUCCGUAAAAGAUGGGGCUUGCUCCGGCAAUGGGUGUUGUCAGUUGGAGAUUCCCAGUAACCUUAACCAUUUGGAGUUCACUGUCAGCAGCUUAAACAAUGACGUUAAUGUGUCGAGUUUUAAUCCUUGUGGGUAUGCUUUUCUAGUUGAACAAAACAGCUUCAACUUCUCUUCAAAGUAUAUACGCAAUUUUCCUGAAAACAGAGUUUUGGCAGUGCUUGAUUGGGCUAUUAGUAACGAUACUUGUGUAACCGCUGAGAACAAAACUAAUUGUAUAUGUGGCCGAAAUAGCACCAAGGUUGACUUGCUUGAUGAUCCAUCUCGAUAUCGUUGCCAAUGCUUGGAAGGUUUUGAGGGGAAUCCGUAUCUCCCCGAAGGUUGUCAAGAUAUUGAUGAAUGCAAGGAUGAAAGUCUUAAUGACUGCAGUUUUGAGUGUGUUAAUAGAAUAGGAAACUAUACUUGCAAUUGCCCAAAGGGCUUUAAAGGAGAUGGAAGACGUGGGGGAGAAGGUUGCACUCGAGAAUCCAAGUCUUUUGUUCAAAUCAUCGUUGGACUUACUGUGGGGUUCGCAGUUCUAGUAAUUGCGAGUACAUGGUUAUACUUAGGUUACAGAAAGUGGAAGUUCAUUAAACUGAAGGAGAAGUUUUUUGAGAAAAAUGGUGGUUUGAUGCUUCAACAACAUCUUUCUCAAUGGCAAACAUCGACUGACAUGGUUAGAAUUUUCACUCGAGAGGAGCUUGACAAGGCUACAAACAAGUACGACGAAAGCGCAGUGGUCGGAAAAGGUGGCUACGGUACUGUUUACAAAGGAGUCUUAGACGACGGUUCGGUAGUUGCAAUCAAGAAAUCAAAAUUAGUGGACCAAUCCCAAACAUCCCAAUUCAUUAACGAAGUCAUUGUUCUGUCCCAAAUCAACCAUCGUAACGUGGUUAAGCUCUUAGGAUGUUGUCUAGAGACAGAAGUUCCAUUGUUGGUGUAUGAGUUCAUCACCAACGGCACACUAUACGAAUAUGUCCAUGAUAAAACCAGUGAUCGUCAUACUCUUUCAUGGGAAGCUCGUUUGAGAAUAGCUUCAGAAACUGCAGGAGUCAUUUCAUAUUUGCAUUCUUCAGCUUCCACUCCAAUUAUCCACAGAGAUAUCAAGACAACAAACAUACUUUUAGACCAUAAUUACACUGCAAAGGUGUCUGAUUUUGGUGCUUCCAAGUUGGUUCCAGUAGAUCAAACCCAACUAUCCACGAUGGUUCAAGGAACUCUUGGAUAUUUGGACCCAGAAUACUUGUUAACCAGUGAGUUGACGGAAAAGAGCGAUGUGUACAGCUUCGGAAUAGUGCUUCUAGAGCUUAUAACUGGGAAGAAGGCAGUGAGUUUCGAGGGGUCAGAAGUGGAGAGGAAUCUAGCUAUGUACGUGAUGUGUGCAAUGAAGGAAGAUCGUUUGACAGAAGUUGUGGAGAAGGGAAUAGCGACCGAAGCAAACUUUGAGCAGAUAAAACAAGUGGCGAAGUUGGCGACAAAGUGUUUGAGAAUAAGGGGGGAGGAGCGGCCUAGCAUGAAGGAGGUGGCCAUGGAGUUGGAGGGGCUGAGAGGGUUGAUCGAGGCUAAUGAGAAAUUAGGGAGCACAGGAGAGGGCAUGGUGGGUUAUUUGGUGCCAUCCAAUGGAGCUUCAGAAUCCAUAUUCAACCAAUUUACUGCGAGUGGGAGCACAAAUAUUGUUGAUGAUAGUAUGAAGGUUCACAUUUUGCCACUGAUCCAUAAUGGAAGAUGAUAAAUUGUUGGAUUAAGCUGAUUUUUUUUUUUCAUAAGGCAUUUAAUGUCAAUUGUAGUACAAAUUGCGUAUAUUUGGAGUUCUAAUUAACUCCAAACUUUCAUGGAGCACAUUAUUUGGU